AUGGGUCUGCUCACUAUCAUUCGCAAGAACAAGGCCAAGUCAAGGGAGAUGAGGGUACUGUUCCUCGGUCUUGAUAAUGCUGGAAAGACGACUAUACUCAAGAAGCUGCGGAGUGAGGAUAUUUCGACCAUCAGCCCAACGUUAGGAUUUAACAUCAGUACGCUGGUCCGAGACGGGUACACUCUCAAUAUAUGGGAUGUCGGCGGUCAAAAGACGCUGCGUCCAUACUGGCGCAAUUACUUUGAAUCGACCGACGCGGUCGUUUGGGUCGUCGACUCUGGAGACAGAUUACGGAUGAGCGACUGCGGGUCCGAAUUGAGAGGUCUCCUGGGGGAGGAGAGACUGGCCGGAGCCACCUUGCUUGUAUUUGCGAACAAGCAAGACCUGUUCGGUGCCAUGUCCCUAGAGGAGAUCCGCGAUGCACUCGACCUCCCUUCUAUAGUCUCGCAUCGAUGGAUCAUCCGCUCCUGCUCCGCAUACACCGGGACGGGCCUCGACGAAGGCAUGGACUGGCUUGUCAAGGAGGUGGCGGGCAGACUGUACUGGAACGGCCUUUCCGCUGGACCUACUCCAGUCCAGCCCGCGGCCGAUGCGGCUCCUGCUAGAUUGACAGCAGAUGCAUGA